AUGGGAGUGAAGUGGGAGGAUGAAGUCUGGUUUGCAAUUGUAGAGGAGAAGAAGAAAAGUCAGACAUCAGAUGUGAUCGUGUACGAGAUCUUUGGUUUUGAAGAUGAAACUCUGCCCUACUCUCUGACCAUCAUCAAUACUCCUGGAUAUGGAGACACCAGAGGGAUCGAACAUGAUGACAUCAUCAGUCACAGAUUAUUGGACUUGUUUCAGUCAGAGGAUGGAGUCCAUGAAGUUCAUGCUGUGGGUCUGGUGAUGAAGUCGAGUGUGAAUCGACUGAGUGACCGACUGAUGCUGGAGCAGAUCGCUCUGAAAGCUGAUUCAGCAUCCACUAUUGUACACUUGGACUUUCUGAUUGAGAAGAUGAAGCAGAAAGGAGACACGGAGAAGGUCCAGAAACUGGAGGAGAUAAAAAGUGGAGCUUGUUGUUGGUGUGUGAAGAAACUACUGACUGAAGUCCACAAGAAGCUGAUGAUGAAGGAAGAGGAGAACAAAGCAGAGUCUGCAGGAUCCAGUUGUCCCUCUGUGAGGAGUGACUGGUCCAAAGAUAGCAAUCCAUACUUCAGUGCUGAACCUGGACCAACGAGAGUGGACCAGCAGAGCUCAGAGGUUCCCAGUGGUCAGUCUGCCCAGCAGCAUCAAACACAGCUGGACUCCAUAUUUAUGCUGCUGGAGGACAACAUCAUCACUUUUGUGAAGGACGAGCUGAAGAAGAUCCAGAAGGUUCUGAAUCCAGAUUACCCAGAAUGCUUAGAGAGGCAGAGGGAUGAUGAUGAGGAGAAGAGGAGCAGCAGAGAGGCAUUUGUGAAGAUCACAGUGGACUUCCUGAGGAGAAUGAAGCAGGAAGAAAUGGCUGACAAAGUUUCUGCUGCUGCUUAUCAUCGUAGCCUUAAAUAUAGGCUGAAGAAGAAGUUCCAGUGUGUGUUUGAGGGCAUCGCUAAAGCAGGAAACCCAACCCUUCUGAAUCAGAUCUACACAGAGCUCUACAUCACAGAGGGAGGGACUGCAGAGGUCAAUGAUGAACAUGAGGUCAGACAGAUUGAAACAGCAUCCAGGAAACCAGACAGACCAGAAACAACAAUCAGACAAGAAGACAUCUUUAAAGCCUCACCUGGAAGAGACGAACCAAUCAGAACAGUGCUGACAAAGGGAGUGGCUGGCAUUGGGAAAACAGUCUUAACACAGAAAUACACCCUGGACUGGGCUGAAGACAAAGCCAACCAGCACAUCCAGUUCAUAUUUCCAUUCACUUUCAGAGAGCUGAAUGUGCUGAAAGAGGAAAAGUUCAGCUUGGUGGAACUUGUUCAUCACUUCUUUACUGAAACCAAAGAAGCAGGAAUCUGCAGCUUUGAAGACUUCCAGGUUGUGUUCAUCUUUGAUGGUCUGGAUGAGUGUCGACUUCCUCUGGACUUCCACAAAACUACAAUCCUGACUGACCCUAGAAAGUCCACCUCAGUGGAUGUGCUGCUGAUAAACCUCAUCAGGGGGAAACUGCUUCCCUCUGCUCACCUCUGGAUAACCACACGACCUGCAGCAGCCAAUCAGAUCCCUCCUGACUGUGUUGGCAUGGUGACAGAGGUCAGAGGCUUCACUGACCCACAGAAGGAGGAGUACUUCAGGAAGAAAGUGAGCAACGAGAAGCAGGCCAGCAGGAUCAUCUCCCACAUCAAGACAUCACGAAGCCUCCACAUCAUGUGCCACAUCCCAGUCUUCUGCUGGAUCACUGCUACAGUUCUGGAGGAUGUGCUGGAAACCAGAGAGGGAGGACAGCUGCCCAAGACCCUGACUGAGAUGUACAUCCACUUCCUGGUGGUUCAGGCCAAAGUGAAGAAGGUCAAGUAUGAUGGAGGAGCUGAGACAGAUCCACACUGGAGUCCAGAGAGCAGGAAGAUGAUGGAGUCUCUGGGAAAACUGGCUUUUGAUCAGCUGCAGAAAGGAAACCCAAUCUUCUAUGAAUCAGACCUGACAGAGUGUGGCAUCGAUAUCAGAGCAGCCUCAGUGUACUCAGGAGUGUUCACACAGAUCUUUAAAGAGGAGAGAGGACUGUACCAGGGCAAGGUGUUCUGCUUCAUCCAUCUGAGUGUUCAGGAGUUUCUGGCUGCUCUUCAUGCCCAUCUGACCUUUAUCAACUCUCGGCUUAAUCUGUUGGAAGAACAACAAACAACAACCACGUGGUCUGGCUUUUUAAAACGUAAAGAAUCUCUCCAUCAGAGUGCUGUGAACAAGGCCUUACAGAGUCCAAAUGGACACCUGGACUUGUUCCUCCGCUUCCUCCUGGGUCUUUCAUCGCAGACCAAUCAGACUCUCCUACGAGGCCUGCUGACACAGACAGGAAAUAGCUCACAAACCAAUCAGGAAACAGUCCAGUACAUUAAGAAGAAGCUAAAUGAGAGUCUGUCUGCAGAGAAAAGCAUCAAUCUGUUCCACUGUCUGAAUGAACUGAAUGAUCGUUCUCUAGUGGAGGAGAUCCAACAGUCCCUGAGAUCAGGACGUCUCUCCACAGAUAAACUGUCUCCUGCUCAGUGGUCAGCUCUGGUCUUCAUCUUACUGUCAUCAGAAAAAGAUCUGGAUGUGUUUGACCUGCAGAAAUACUCUGCUUCAGAGGAGGCUCUUCUGUGGCUGCUGCCAGUUGUCAAAGCCUCCAACAAGGCUCUACUGAGUCACUGUUACCUCUCAGAGAAAAGCUGUGAUGCUCUGUCCUCAGUUCUCAACUCCCACUCCUCUUAUCUGAAAGAUCUGGACCUGAGUAACAAUAACCUGCAGGAUUCAGGCAUGAAGCUUCUGUCUGCUGCACUGCGGAGUCCACAUUGUAUACUGGAAACUCUCAGAUUGGGGAGCUGUGGUUUGUCAGACAUCAGCUGUGAUUAUCUGGCAGCAGCGCUUAAGUACAACCCCUACCUUAUGAGAAUCCUGGACCUGAGCUUCAACAAGCUGCGGGAUUCAGGAGUGAAGCAGCUGUGUGUUCUUCUGGAGAAUCCACGAUGUCGAUUUGAAACUCUGAGAUUGAUGAGCUGUGGUUUGUCAGAGAUCAGUUGUGUUUAUCUGGCAGCAGCGCUGAAGUCCAACCCCUCCCAUCUGAGAGAGCUGGACCUGAGUGAGAACAAUAAGCUGCAGGAUUCAGGAGUGAAGCAGCUGUGUGGUUUUCUGGAGAGACCAGGAUGUGGACUUGAAACUCUGAGAUUGUGGAACUGCGGUGUGUCAAAGAUAAGCUGUGAUUAUCUGGCAGCAGCGCUAAAGUCCAACCCCUCCAAUCUGAAAGACCUGGACCUUAGAGAAAACAACCUGAAGGAUCCAGAUGUGAAGCAGCUGUGGGAUCUUAAGGAGAGUCCAGACUACAGACUGGAGACUCUGAGGUGGAGGUCAUGGUAA